AUGGAACAGCUCACAUUUGAUGCAUCGCUACGGACUGAGCUUGCCCCAUGCGCAGUCGACUUCCCUAAGACAAGUUUCUUUCGAUUCCAAGGAAGAUCGCCAAACAAACCCGCACUGCCUACCACCGCUGAAGUACGUGCUCGCGCGGGUUGUGAUGACGGAGGGUAUGUCGCUUUCCCCGACCUGAAGCUGUUCGUCAAGUUUGGCCGCUCGCAUAAUGUCAGCCUGGAGGAGGCACAAAUGCUUCAAGCAGUCCGUCGUGCCUUUCCAAACAACCAGAUACCUGUCCCAGAGCUCGUCGCUUGGAGGGCCGAAGACGAAAUUAACUAUAUCUACAUGAGCUUGAUCCCAGGAACGACGCUGGAAUCCUGCUGGCCAGAACUUACGCUCGAGGAGAAGACGAGGAUCUCGGAUCAGCUUGGACGAAUGGUCUCGUCUUUGAGGAGUAUACACAAGGCUCCUGGGACGGAGUACGUCGGUAUCUGGCCCAUCUCUUUGGCGCAAGCGUUACAUCAACUAAUUGAUCGCAGGCUCCCUCGAUCACGGACCCGUGAAAGCAAUGUAUUUCCGAGGCCAAACGAUAGGCCCUCUUCCAAAUUCUGCAACAUUUCACGACGCUCUUCAAUUCUGGGCUUUGCACUGGAAACCCAUGGAGGAAAGGCCGCCCGACCCAUAUCGACACCUUCUUCAGGCAUCUAUUUCUCUCACGGAGACCUCCACCUACACAACAUCAUGGUCGCAGGAACACCAGGCUCGCGGCGUGUUAGUGGUCUCGUUGAUUGGGGUUUCGCGGGCUGGUUUCCCGAAUAUUGGGAGUACUACAAUAUGGUGUUCGGUACUCAUGACCACGAAUGGUACACGCAGGGCUGGAUCAAUCGCGUGUUGACGUCGUACGAUGGUGAGUGCGAGGCGCUGGACAAUUACUGGUCGUGGCGGGGACCGGCGUGA